AUGGAACGCCAGCAGGAUAACGGCUUUCCUGGUUUUUUGUCCCCGAAACAGUCUUACUCUUCCUUGCCUUCGACUGCAGGACAAGGAGUUCCAGCGGAACGUCUCCAGUCAGAUAUACGAAGCCCAGGAUUCCCACCUGCUACAGCUUACCCGGCUUUCCCCCGUUCCCCCGCUGCCAAUGGCUCGCACGGUGCCAGUACAGUUUUUUAUGGCUUGGGAAAUUUGUCUAACAUGUCGAAUUUCAUUGGUAGUACAAACCAGCUCCGCUCGACCGCGUAUUCGCUUCUCGACUCGGGUCGGAGUGCUUCAUCAGGCGAGAGUGAUCCGUUUUUUUCAUCAUCAGGCACGGGGGGGGGUCACCCGAACAAUUCCCUCUUGUUCAGUGCCGCGGGAUCAAGUUGUUUAUCUUCCCCACAGCGCCUUGGGGUUUAUUCCUCCGUCCGUCCACAGUGUCCCCCUCCGCCUGUGGCAACAUCCCAGAAGAAUAGCCCGGUUGCUUCGACAGCGCCGACACCGUCGCCAUUAACACAGUCUCAAAAACAGCCCUCGUCGCCGCCGUCAUCUCCAGCACUAGCGAACGAGUACCCCGGUCUAACGCAGCCGAAUAUGUACGGGCGAUCUUUGGGAGACCCGUUUCACCAGGAGAAUGCUCCUCGGCAGGAGCACACGUCGCAACCGCAACUAGGACAGCAUCCCAGGGCAGCAAGCCCGCUGGCUACUCCAUUACGUCCUCACGCGACGUCAGCUCAUCAUCCGGAUCAUUAUGUACGCAGCUCUUGCUUGCCAGGAAGCGAUUGCCAAGAAGUUGAUGCAGAACCAUAUGGCGAAGGGCAGGCUGAACGGCUGUGGAACUUCAGCAGUAGAGGUUCCCUUUCGUUUGACGAUCUAAUCGCCCAGGUCCAGAAGUUGCUCCAGUCGAACUCCACAUCUUCAUCUGCCUCUUCUGCAUCGACACCUCGUCGUCCUAGUGGCCGCCUCGGUGAGACAGUAGACAUGCCGUGGGAGAAUAAGCCUAUGGAUAAUAGAAGUAUAUGGGCGAGACGACCAAUGCUAGGUAGACCACCUAUACAACAACAGGGAAUCCAAGAAGGUAGAGAAAAUGUGGAGCGAGGUGACGAAGAGUACUCCGGAUGUUGCGUCGGACAACUGGACCUUCAUGCGUUACAAGGAGCGGCGACUCAGUCCGUGCAGCCUUAUCGGCCUGUGGGCGAUUCCUCCAGUCCUCGUGAGCCCGUUAAUGAAGGUGUCAACCAAAAUUCAGCAUCAUAUAUCGAUCCGCAGGCGUUGGCAGUGCUUCAGGAGUUGCAUCGAACGGCAGUACAGCAGAGAAUGUGGGAAGCAAACCUCGCAGUUUUGCGGCAGGAAAAUGCGGAUUUACAGAACAGAAUCACCCUUAUGGAGGAAACCCAAAGCUUCUUGAAGCAACAGAAUCAGAGUCUCCGAGCGGCGCAACACUCGGCAGAAGCGUCCUCCCAUGGAGCAGCGAAGUCGAUCUUGGGUGUUGGUCGGCCGGCAACAAACAAAUCAGCCACAAACAGACUAAUUGCUCCCUCUGGCUACCAGGGACCGGAUCAGAUUCAGAGUGCUCCAAAUCCAUCCACACCCAUUAUCAAAGGGUCCGACAAGAUCUCAGUGGAGCAAUUUUUGCUAAGCUUCCCUUUUACACUGACUCAAGACUAUCCUCACGCCAUUCUCAAGUUCUGCGCCGACCACAACUUGGUAGUUAAGCUUCUGGGUUACCAUGGAAAACGGGUAGAGCUUCUUGAGCGCCAGUAUUGCUGCCGCAUCCAGACCUCAGCACAGGCGUCCUCGUUUCCAGGUUAUCCGAAUGGCCGAUGCGUUCUAUUCACCGGCCCGCUGGUUUCGUUACUUCGAGCGUGCGCCGAUUUGUAUGCGGUAGUCGACACCUCCAGUCCUGGACUGCGGACUAACAUUGAAGGCUAUCGAGUAUGUUUAGUUGUCCCAGGGGAUUUUGUUGGGCGUCUUUUACGAAGCAACUGUGCUGGACUGCACGCCCUUCAAGAAGCAGGUGGAAAGGCCGUUCACAUCGCGCUUGGGAAUCUCUGUGUCAUAAUGAGGGGCAACUACUCGGAGAGGGUCCUUUUGAUUGAUGGGAAUAUUGAGGGCGUUUGUCAAGUUCUUGAAUCUGCUGCAGCACAGUUGCAGGACUUCUUGCGAAGAUUUUCAGGCGGACAAGGAGGUGCAGGAGGAGGGGGAUCCGAACACCUGGCGACUCGGUAUGAGUUCCUUGAGUACCCGAAAAGAAUUGAGCUCCAUCUGUCCACGUGA